GAAAUUGAGAUCUCGUGUUGUGUUGUGGUUUGGCAUGAAUGAAAGAUAGUUUGACGAUGCUUCCAGUUGCACCAGACACGUUUUCUCUGGAUCUCAAACCAUUCCUGAAGUACAAGAUGCCCAGAGUGGUACCAGACCAGCGAUCAAAGUUUGAGAACGACGAAUUUUUCAGAAAAUUAAGCCGUGAAUCGGAGAUACGCUUUACUGGAUAUAAGGAUAGGCCACACCACGAACGACAAGCAAGAUUUGAAGCAGAUGUACGAGAAGGACACGCUGAUAUUGCCUUCACUAACUCAGGAACUAAUUUUGUUUUGAACUUCCUCGCCAAUGUGUGGAGCGACAGACCAGAAGAGAGAGUCAUUACUAAAGAAUUCCUCGAUUUCGAGAAAGAAGUUGGAAAAGUCCAUUUGAAGUCACAGUUCAUCCUCAACGGAGUGUGUGUACUAUGGAGGGGCUGGGUUGAUCUAACACGACUAGAUGGUGUCGGGUACUUGCAAUAUGACGAUGAGAGAGCACAGAUAGAAGAUAAUAUCCUCCGUGAUCAGAUAGAACAGUAUAAUCAGAGGAUACGAGAAUUCGAGGAAAGGCACCGCCAAAUAAGGCAACAACAAGAACGUCAUGCAGAACAAGAGGUAGAGUUGGCCAAGAGCAAGUCCUGGUUUCCAACAAAGAAGACAUAUGGCCCAGUCAAGUCCCAGUACUCAAAGUGGUAGUAGCGGUGAAUGACCCUAGGAACCAUUAGGAAAUCCAUAUCACCAUAACGACCAACUCGUGCAAUAGCAACCAGCUGUCACCAUAGCAACCAGCUACUAAAAUGGCAACAUUUCUGGAUUUGACCUUAAUAAAAUCAUUUGAUAUCCGCUUGAAUGACACUUGAUAUCUGCUAGACAUUUUUGAUACCCAGACAGACAUUUCCGAUAUCAAUUAAACAUCCAGGGUGAUAGACAUUCUACAUAUGAUAACAAUUGGUUGCUAUAGCAACAAAAUGUCUCAAAUAACCUAUUUAUUUUAUUACAAUACAAGUUAGUUAGAUUAUGUACAUAGUAGGGUAGUUUCAUAGCUGAAUGUGCUGUCGUAAGUUUUGAUGUAAAACAUCUGAUAUUUUAAAAACAUUCAAUUUCAAUAUCUAUAUUCAAAGAAUAUUCAACGGCCAUUGUCUUUGUGUUUCUACGUUUUAGUAAAACCUAAGUUUUGAAAAUGGUAUGUAAUCUUUUGGCAGCCCAAAAGAUAUGUUGUUCAUAAUUAUAUUGUUUGUAAAAUAACACAUGCUAGUUUUUGGUGCUUGGCUUUAUAGUACAUUUUCUGCUGUCACUAUCAUACUUUCCUUUGUCAUUUACACACAAUUAUUACACACAUGUUCAUGUAUUACACA